AUGAGCAUGAUCAGCGGAUACGCCGUUCGGCGGGUGGAGGGCGGCAGUGUAUCACAAGGUCGACGCAGAUCCAUGGCCAGUCUCUCAGUGGGAAGGCGGUCGCUCGAGCAGGUCAUGGACGCGUUCUCGCUGCAGAACCGAGCAAAGUCGCUCAUGGACAACGACGUCACGGACGCGUUCGACCCGAAAUCUCGCGCCGUGCGCGCGUGGGAGCACGUUCUACUGCUGUGUCUGCUCUACCAAAUGUUCAUGGUGCCCUACUUUUUAUCCUUCCAGCCGCACGCCAUCUCGACGGCAAAUGCAGAGUUUGUCAUGGCGCUAGUGUGUGAAUCUGCGUUCCUCCUGGACUUCUACGUGCGAGCACAUACGGGAUUCUACGCGGACGGGAACCUCGUACGCGACAAGAAGCUCACGCGGCGACGAUACUUCCGCUCGUACCAGUUCGCGACGGACGUGAUCGCCAUUCUACCGGUGCAGGCACUGGGCCAAUUCAUCUCGAGUCUCGACGAGCUCUACGCGAAGAACUUCGUCGCGCUCAAGCUGCUCAAAGUGGUGGUGUCUAUGGGGUAUAUGGCCCACGUAUUGGCGUGUAUACGCUACAGCUUCGGCUACAACGAGAGCCACACGAACCACUGGCUGCCACCGGAGGAGGAGAGCCACCACCCACUGCACACCAAGUACCUGAGCUCACUGUUCUGGAGUAUCGGUAUCAUGACGGGGCUCUUUGAGGGGGAGCUACCGCGUCACAUCAGCGAGUUUUUAUUCACGACGCUGGUCGCGUUGUGCGGGUUUUCCAUGUUCACGACGCUGGUUGCGACCAUUUUCGUCAUCUCCAAGUGCGAGAGCGGCCACUCAGAGGCCGUCGAGGCGCGGAUCAACCAGCUUGUACAUCUUCUCUCCUUCCACCGCGUCCCGGAAAGCCAACAAGUCCAGGCAGUCGAGUAUCUGCGGCGCUACUACACGGAUGCCGAGUCGAAUGACCGCGAGGCAUCAAAGCGGUUGUGUCGGUCGGUGGCCAACGACAUUCAAGUGGGGCUGUUGAAGCCGAUCAUCGCCCAGAUCCCGAUCUUUGAAGGCUGCAGCGACCCAUUCAUCGUGGCCAUGACGAGUUUACUCGAGAUGAUCGCGAUUCCAGCUCAGACUACUCUUUUCUCCGCUGGAGACGACGGAGACGCCAUGUUCAUCGUCCACUCGGGAGUCCUUGCGGUUGUGAUCAAGUCCGUCACAGUGCGCGAGAUCCGCAAAGGCGCUUGCUUCGGUGAACUGUCCGUCUUCUCGUCCAUGAAGCGCACUGCCACCGUCAUGUCAACCACGUACGCGAUUCUCUACAAACUCUCGCGAUUCCACUGCGAGCGAGUGCUGGACGGAUACCCGCGAUGCGCCAUGAUGAUCGACGCGCACGUCGAAGCAACGCUGAGGGAGAUGCAGGGGGACAGUAACUACAUUGUCAACAGUAUCGUGUCCCCUAAUGCCUCCAUCAACGUGAAGACUAACGGACGCAGCAACUCCAUCUCCGCUGGGCUCGCGGCGGGCACGUCGGCGAUCACCAGCACACUAACGCGAGUGCUGACCAUGAACGGCGAGUUUAACUCGAGACGCAGUUUAUCUGACGCGUUGAUGCCCACGAAGAAGCGCACUCUCCCGAGACGUGGCAUCUGGCGAUACAUUCUACGCAAGAAGUGCAUCGACCACCACUCGCGCGCUCGUCUGUGGUGGCUCGUCCUGCUGCAAGUGAGUCUGUGCCACUCGUGGCUCAUGGUGCCGGUUCAAAUGGUGUUCCCCUUGUGGCAAAGCCCGCCGUGGCUCACUCAAGCGGUCGACACCAUCUUCAUCGUCGGUCUGUUUGUCGACAUUUUGUUCAACUUUAGUCUGUCGUACUCGGCCGACUCGGAGAAGAUCAUGGACCCGAUGCGCAGUGCCAAACGGUACUUUGAAGGCCCUUUCUUCUUCGAUCUCGUGUGCGCGCUGCCCUUCGAAUACUUGCACAUGGCGAGGUACGGCCUCCUGAGGCUUCCGCGGCUGUUGCGGGUGCUGUACUUGAAAACCCACCUGAGUGAAAUCGAGUACUUCUACCCAACGAACAACCGGCGUCAACUCACGCUGCUGGGGGUGCUGCUCAUCAUGCUCUUCCACAUCGUAGCGUGUAUUCACUUCACCAUCUCGUACAUCGAAGGAUUCAACCCGAACGCGCAAGAAGCGUGGAUCUCGUCGACGAACCUCUGUCUGCGGCGGCUCAACUCCACACACCUAGAGAACUGCAAUAGCACGGUCUUCAACGAGCGCGAGAGUAUCAGCGACCUCCGGGAGAUCAGCGCGUUAGAAUACUCACGCUCACUGUACUACGCAGUCGGAGUGCUGGCAUCACCGGGGAAAAGCGUCGAGCCUGCGACAGACGUUCAGUUGAUCGCAGCGCUUCUGCUGAUGCUGAGUGGGUUUUUGAUCACGGCCAUCGUGGUCGACAACGUGCAGAAGCGCUUCACCGCCUCUGCCUUCGAGCAGAAGGAGUUCUUCGCGACCAGCACGCGCAUUCAACUGUUUCUGCGUCGGCAGAACGCACCGCUGUCCAUCCACCACCGCGUCAAGUCGUUCCUCGACUACUGGUGGUCUUCGCACAGAGGCGCCAACAUCGGUGAGCUGCUGGCGGAUCUACCGAGGCCGGUGCGACUUGAUGUGCUGCGUAGUAUCUGCUUGCCUGUACUGCAGACGCUGGCGCUGCUCCAGGGCAUCCGACCCGUGCACGACAAGCUGGAAGAGGUUAUGGUGGAGAACGCGAAAUUCAUCCUCUACGGCCAGGGGGAGAUAGUUUACAGACAUGGAGACUACGUGACAGGAAUGUUCUUCCUGCUGGAGGGGGAGGUGUGUGUCGUGACGGCGGGUGGCCCGCCUCGGGAGGUUCCUCGCGGCGGGUUCUUCGGCACAGCGGCGCUCACGCAACAGGAGCGCGGAGAGGGCUACACAGAUCAUGUGAGCGCCAACAGCGGCUGCAUUUUACUCUUUGUUUCGCGAGACCAACUUCACGUGAUGGAGGCCAUCUUCCCAGCGUUGAAAGUGGAGCUGCUGACGCUCGAGAAGAGGCUGCUCAACAACAAGCUGGCCAAGUCGGCAGUGAACAAGGAGACGCAGCGGCGCAUCCGACGCCAGUCGACGGUCAUUAUCAUCCGCAAUGCCAUCUUCGGGUCCUUGAAGCACCACACGGUGUACGACCCGGACUCAAUGUUCAUUCUAACGUGGGAGACGUGGGUGUUCUUCGUCAUGACGGCGCAGUGGAUCCUCGUCAUGUUCCAGGCCUGCUUCCCACUGGAAGACGGACACAAGACUGCGGAUAUCAUCAUGGUUUUCAUGGAGGUGUGCUUCAUUCUAGACAUCUACAUCCGCUCGCGCCUCGGAUUCUACGAGUACGGCAACAAAAUGAUGAACGUCAAGCGGAUUAAACGCGCGUACUUUCGCUCCGGGACGUUCGCGCUGGAUAUCGCGGCACUCUUGCCUCUGUACAUUGUGAACUGGAGUGUGCCCGCCCACGAGCGCUGGGAUCUACUCAACAUCAACAAGUUGCUGCGAUUGUUCAAGGUUCCAAGGCAGCUCCACGCGCUGGAGACGCGCUACCUGAAGCGCACAACGGAGCUGCGUCUAUUCAAGCUGCUGUACUACACGUUCAUGCUGUCGCACGUGCUGGCGUGUAUCUGGUUCAACUUCGCGUCCAAGGUGGCGGUGCCCAACUUCACCAGCACCUUGCUGCCUGUCACCAAGAAGACGGCGUUCGGAGAGAACCACUGGCUGCCGCACGCGCACCUGGAGCACGCGCCGCACAUUCUGCAGUAUAUGGCGUCUCUGUACUGGUCCUUCGGGCUCAUGUCGGCCUCGAGCGAGCCCGAGUUCCCCAAGACCACGGCGCAGUGCAUCUUCAGCGUUAUCACGAUGACCUCGGGCUUCUUCCUGUUCGCGUACGUGAUCGGCAACUUCACGGACAUCAUCGAGCUCACGAGCUCCGAGACGAGGGAGUUCAACGCCAAGAUGGGCGCGGUGCGGCAAAUGCUCAACCAUUUCCAACUGCCAGAUGCGCUGCAAGAGCGACUCAAGACGUUCUUCCUCUUCAAGCGCUUCCACACGAUCACGCAGGAGCAUAUUCUGGUGCAUUGUCUACCCCCUUCACUACUCACGGACAUCAGACUCGUUCACCUCAAGCAGAUGAUCGAGAAGGUGGAGUUCCUCAGCGGCAUGGAGGGCUCCGUCACGCGCAUGCUCGUGUCCCAGUUCACGCAGGUGCUGGUCUCUCGAGGCGAGUUCAUCUGCCGAGUCGGCGAGAAGAGCAGCGAUAUGUACUUUGUCUUCACGGGGGUGCUGGACGUGCUUCUACCCCUCGGAGUCGUGAACGAGAUCUCGGCGGGCAGCUACUUCGGAGAGAACGGGCUCUUCACCAACGGCAGACGCAACUCGCACAUCCAGGCGCAGACGUCGUGCAUUCUGUACAAAUUAUCUCGCGAGUCGCUCGAACUCGUAUUCGACCGGUAUCCCGAGUGGAAACACAAGGUCAUGCGCAUCGUGAACAUCCACCGCGAGCAAACGCGCCUGCUGCAGCUCUCGCGCGAGGAGCAGCACCGAGGAACGGAUGCUGCCACGGGCUUAAUGCUGUCGCGCGCGGACAUCAUGAACCAGCGCGCGGAGCGGAUCAAGGAGGAGAUUCAGCAUGGCACCGAAGUGCAGAGCGACUUCCACUUGGCGUGGCUGCGGUUCAUGGUCGUCUGCAUCCUCUACAUCUCGAUUCUGACCCCGUACCAACUCGCCAUGGAUGAUCUGGAGCGCACGACGCCGAUGGCUGUCAUCAUCAAGGCCUUUGGGUUAUUGUGCGAGCUCGUGUUCAUCCUGGACGUUUGGUUCAGUUGGCACGUACGCGGAUCGCCAGCGUCCAUGGAGCUGUACGAGCAGGAUCUGCGCGCCAUGUACAAGAAGGAGCGCAUGCUGUGGGACACCAUUGCCGCCAUCCCAUUCCACCGGUUCCUGUCCGACUUCCACUGCGGUCCGUCGUUGAGAUUGCUGCGCUGUCUGAAGAUUUUCAACGUCGUGAGCUACUUGGACGAGCUCAACCGACGCAGCGUCACGUACGAGAUCACGCGCUUCUGGUACAUCACCAUACUCUAUCUGCUCAUGGUAUACUGGGCGGCGUGCGCGUAUCUCGCAGUGGCAACGCAGGUGGGCUUUGGCACGGAAUGGGACGCCUGGCUUCCGUCUCAGGAGCUGGUGAUCUCCGAUCCUGAUGACCCGUCACCCUCGCAGCUCGCGCUCCGCUUCGUGCGAGGUCUCUUCUUCGCGACCACGACGUUCAUCAAGAAGGCUCGCAACCUGCCACCGCAGACGGCAUCGCUGUAUGCGUUCCACAUCGCGGUCUCGUUCGUCGGAUUGAUCACCAUGUCGUUCGUGCUGGGCGAGCUCGCGAGUCUCUUCAUCUCGUACAUUGGACUCGAGGUGGACUUCCGCAAGAACCACAUCGCAAUCGAGAUUUACCUGGCGCGGCUUCGAGUGAGCGACCAACUCAAAGCCCGCGCGCACGCCUUCAUGACGUCGCUUUGGUCGUCGCACGCAGGCGUGAACUAUGAGGAGAUUCUAGGCGAGAUGCCUCGGCCGAUCCGUACGGCGUGCGUCCUGCACGUGUCAAGGGAACCGGUGGACUGGUUUCUCAAGAAGAUCAUCACCCCGAUCUGCUGGGAGGGGGCCGACGAGCUCGAGCUUUUCCGACACACUUUGGUGGAGCAUCUGCACUUUGAGGGCUAUCCGUCCGACGAGAACAUUGUCGUGGAAGGCAGCAUCGCACGCGCAAUGUAUUUUGUACUGCGAGGGCAUUUGCGACUGCACAGUCGCUCACUGCUGGCGCUCACCCGUCCGAUCGGACUGCGCCGAGGUGACUUCUUCGGAGAACGAGGUCUGCUGGGGAGUGCCAUCAGUGCGUUUACCGUGCGCAGUGUGCGCGCGUGCGACCUGUUGUCUCUGAGCUCGGAGGAUCUCGUCAAGGUGGCGCACAAGCACGCGUUCUCGCACUUGGCACUUCGCAUCUGCGAGUGCGCGUACGAGCACCUCAAGGCGAAGAAGCUUGGCGUAUGUUCAAAGGCAGACAUGGAGGAGAACUGGGGCAAG